CGUCGGUCCCGAGUGGGACGGCAACGCCGGCGGGAGCAGCGGAGAAGAGGGGGAAGGAGGCAGGAGGAGGGAAAGGACACUGCAGCCUGCUUGAAUAAUUGAUAGUGGGAGGAGAGGGGAGCGCGGGCGGGAGCAGCUGGACGCUUGGGUCUCCAUCCGCUCGCCAGCCGAGGAUGAGAAAGGCCGGCGCAGACGGUCUGAUGAGGUAGAGCAAUGCAUCAGUGACAUACUGGACUCUCCUACACCAGACUCCCCAACUGCACUUAAUACUGCUGUUCACCACAAGCCUGCAGACUUGUUUGAAAUGAUUGAAAAAAUGCAGGGCAGUCGUCUUGAUGAGCAAAGAUGUUCACUUCCAGCUCCGCUCAAGAGGGAAGAGGAGUAUAUUCCAUACCCCAGCAUCCAUGAGGUGUUACGGAAAGGUUGGCCAUACCCCCUUAUUAUCUUACCCCAGUUUGGGGGUUACUGGAUUGAAGGGACCAACCACAGUUUCUCCAACUUGACCCAGGCUCCGUCUGAUCUGCCAUCCCCUUGCAGUGGUAAAGUGAAGUUGGAGUGUGACCCCACAGCGAAGCUGUAUCGCAAAUACUUCCUUGGAAAGGAGCACCAGAACUUUUACUCCAAUGACACAGCCUUGGGCUAUCUAAUCCUUUCUGUGAAGUAUGAGCAGAUUGAGAAGCAGGACAAUCUACGCCUAUUGCUAAGGACUCGAACUGGCACCAAACAUGACUUAAUCCCCAUUUCCUGCCUGAAUGAGUUUCCCAAUGCUGUUCAGAUGGCAAAGCUGCUCUGUGAGGAUGUGAAUGUUGACCGAUUCUUCCCUGUUCUCUACCCCAAGGCUUCACAGCUCAUUGUUGCAUUUGAUGAACAUGUUAUCAGCAAUAACUUCAAAUUUGGGGUCAUAUACCAGAAACCUGGCCAGACCACCGAGGAAGAGGUCUUCAGUAACACUGAGGAGAGUUUGGGCUUCCUGGAGUUCCUGGAGUUCCUUGGAGACAGGAUCCAACUGCAGGAUUUUCGUGGGUUCCGGGGAGGUUUGGAUGUCACUAGGGGUCAAACAGGCACUGAAUCAGUCUAUACAAAUUUCCGAGGCAAGGAGAUCAUGUUCCAUGUGUCUACGAAGCUGCCCUUCACAGAGGGAGAUGCUCAGCAGCUACAGCGGAAGCGUCACAUUGGGAAUGACAUUGUAGCCAUCGUUUUCCAGGAUGAAAACACACCCUUUGUUCCUGACAUGAUUGCUUCUAAUUUCCUACAUGCCUAUGUGGUGGUACAGCUUACAUACGAUGCCAGCAGGGAAACCUUAUACAAGGUUUCAGUUACUGCCCGAGAUGAUGUCCCCUUCUUUGGGCCCCCUCUGCCAAACUCAGCCUUGUUUAAAAAGAGUGCAGAAUUCCGCGAUUUCCUCUUGGCUAAACUCAUCAAUGCUGAGUACAGCUGCUACAGAGCUGAGAAGUUUGCCAAACUAGAGGAGCGCACCCGCAGUGCCCUCUUGGAGAGUCUUUUUGAGGAGCUGCAGCUUCGCAGCCGCAACAUGAUGGGCCUGGCCUCUGGGGAGGAUGACAAGAUGGAAAAUGGAAGUGGUGGCUUCUUUGAGAACUUCAAGCGGGUGAUCCGGGGCCGCAGCCAGAGCCUGGAUACUAUGGGUAUGGCCAUGAGGAAACAACAGCAGCCAGCAACCCUACCAAACCGCCCGGGUACAGCUGGCCUUGCCCUCAACCAGAGUGUCGCCGAGGGCCCCAAGGCUAUUGCUGCGUCUUUUGCCCUACCUGGAAGGAGUCCAUCACGUACCCGAGGCAGCCGUUUCCACAGUCGACGCAGCAGUGCUGUUGGCAUUGAGAACAUCCAGGAGGAGAAGAGUAAGGAUGUUGCUGAGGGGAUCCAGAAGGUGGUUGAUAGUCCAGGACCUUUACUUGACCUGAAGUCUGAUGGAUCCUCCAGUCCCAGUUCCCCAGAAUUCCCAAAUAGGAAGAGCAAAACCCUCUCCAAUCAAAGCUCAGGAUAUUGUGUGAUGCAGCCACUCUCGCGCUCCUCUUCCAAUGUGAGCAGCUGUUGUAGUGGAGUGAGGGAAAAUGAAACAUCUGAGGAAGAGGAGAAUGAGACGGAGCUGAUGUGCUCUGUCUCGGGCCCUCAGAAGCGGGAUUCCUUGGUUCAGAGUGUGUGGCUGGAUGACAUUGUCUGUACACCCAGCAGUGGCAGUUCACCAGGUUCUGCAGCUGCAGCCAGGAUGCACCAUCAGGGUAUCUGCCAGCCUUGGCUGGGGCCCUGCAGAUGUGCUGACUGGCAGUGCAGGACCCAGGACUGGACCCAGCUGCUGGACCAGCUGGGUACAUUGGCUGAGGAGCACCUGCUGGACUCAUGGGCCUGAUGCUCAGUGAACGUUGCCCAUGAGGAAGCAAGGAGCCGGAAGAAGGCCAGGAACCAACACGAGGAGGCCAGGGACUGGUGCGAGGAAGAAAGGGCCGGAAGGAUUGGGCAGACCAGAAGUUCAGGGAAAGGCUCCUGGUCCUGGACCAGCAGGCUAUCCUAGUGACUAGGGCAGUGGAAGCAAUGGAGGAGGACCAGGGGGUGCUGGACACCAUCGUGGCCCUGGCAGUCGCCUUUGUGCUGUCCACUGCCCUGCCCCCAGCCACAGCCCCACCUGACCCCUGGCAGCUGCCCACCACCCAGCAACAGGACCCUCUGUGGGCCUGGGCUGGGGUGUAUUGGCACCUCCACAGGUCAGGAGCCCCUGCCCUGGCCCCUGGCUUAUGUCCCCUGCCACCCAGCCCCCUUACCUGGGCCCAGCCCUGCCAUUCACCCCAGCUCCAUGAAGCCCCAGAGCAGGAGCUGCCUGCAGAGUGGCCAGGACUGUGCACAGGCCCUACUGGCCUGACCCACUGGCUGCAGGAGGGGUAGAUGGGCAUGUCAGCAGAGCAGCACCUGCUGUCACCCCCAGGUGAGCCCCUGUUCCACCAGCCUCACUAUGGUGUGCGCACUCGUAGGGGUGGAGCCAGAGGCCAAGAUGCUGGACACCUGUCCCCAGGCUCUGCCCCUAGGCACUCCCACCCCACUGCUCCCCACCCUAAGAGAGCACACGUACCACUGCACAUAGUCUGCAUGGAGAAGAGGGUGCUUUAUUGGUGGUGAGUGGGUUGGGUGGUGGAGGGGCUCUGUGGGGAGGAGAGAUGGGGGGAAGGGCUCUGUUUUUGGAGAGGGAGGGAAGUGGAAUCUAGGUGUGUGGAGAGGAAUAACUGCUUUUCAGAGAACUGUCCACAGUGAGCAUGGUGCUGGGAUGCGCAGUGGAGCGGGGAUCUACGGGUGGCUAUGCAAACUGGCUACAGCCACCUCUCUCACCCAGUACCUUAGCACCCAAUGCCAGGUGAGCAGCUCACCUGGGGCCUUGGCCAGGAGGGUGUCCUACCACUGUCACUACCACUGCAGCUGGUGCUCCUGGUGCCAGGCAUCAUCCGCCCAACUGCACCUCCUCCACCCCAGGCCUUGCAAAACAGCUCCCCUCAGGCCUCACAGAUGUUAUGCAGCAAGCAGGUUGUGACAAUGGCUCGGGAUGUUGGCCUCAGUGACCUCAAGGCAGACAGUGAGGGUGUGCCAGCAUCUCUUCAGCCAGCCUAAGAUGCAGUCCUCCAGCUUGUGAGUCCAUCUCAGGCAGCAGUUGAUAUGUGCCCAGUGGGGUUCCAGCUGGUUGGUGUAGGGCUGCAUGAGGAUUGGGUAGGUGGGGUCCUUGAUGAGAAGGGGUGGGACCACCACUGUGCCUAGCUGGAGGUCUGACAGCCCUGGCAUAAAGUGCUUGCUCUCUGCCAGGGCUGGCAGGGCACAGUUGCAGAAGAUGCAGGCAUCAUGGGCAGUGCCUGCCCAGUUAGCAUUCACGUUUGUGAAGGCACCAUAGUGGUCUACAACAACCUGGAACAUGACAGAGAUGGGGCAGUCACUGUGGGGCAGGCAGGUGACAGGGUUGUGAGUCUCGUCUAGGGCCUAGAUGCCCUGGGGGAAGCACAGAAACUUGCCACCACGUCCGGGGUGCCAUGCACCUGAAGCACAGUGUGCCCCAAUACGUUCUGGAGCAUGCUGCACACCUCCAAGGUGCCCUGCCCCGCCCCUCCCCUCCCCCCUGCAGUAGCCUUGCCCACACUGAAGAGUUGGCUGAUGUACCAGAGGCUGGUCAGCAUAGCUAGCUUGAGUAGGGCAAUGGCCAACCAGGUCUCUGCAAGGAGCAGCCACUGCAUGUUGGUAUCCUGCCACUCCAGGUAAUGGAAGAGCUGCAUGAAGAGUUCCUGUAAAGUGGCCCACAUCAUCUGAAAUGACAAGCCAUUGCUCAUCAUCCCAGGUGGCCUGGACAACAUGCAACCACCAGUUCUAGCUGGCUGAGUGGGCCCUCAGGCGUUGAGGCUGGAGGUUCAGGACUGCAAGUAUGGCCCUGGCAGUGGUGUCCAGGAGUGCAUCACCGGUGUCCCUGCUGGGGUCUGGGUGGCAGUAUGGGGUCUGGGCAGCAACAGCACAGUGGCAGGGGGCCUGGGACAGUGUUGCAAGCCAGGCCAGGUGACUGCACUGCGUGGGGGAGCUGCCAGGGCUGAUGCUGACUUGGGCCAGGUGGCGGUCCUUGCAGCGGACCAGCAGGGCAAGCAUGGUGGUGAGCAAGAGCCUGGGGUGGUGGAUGUCAUUCCUGGGGCUAUGGGCUGGAGCAGCGAUGAUGUGGCAAGCAGAGGCUGUAGUGACAGAGCUGCUGCAUGCUGCCACUGUACUCUGCAUGCUGGUCCAGGCCAGGAAAACAGGUGGCCCAGGAGCAGCGCAUGAGGCUGCCUUUUAAACAUGGCUGCUGGCCACAGGCAGCUGUGGCAGCAGCCUCCAGCUCCCUCUGGCAGUGACUAGGGGUGGGUGCAAGGCCAGCCAGGGUGGGAGCAGACUGCUGUCCUGAGCAGCAAAUCUGCUCCUACAUCUCUGCAUGUGUAGAUGCCUGCCCAGGGUGAGUUUAUAGUAAUUUUCUCUAGAGUAAACUCACCCCACAGCAUUUGCACUGUAGACACGCCCAGUGACAACCAAAAAGGAGGGCAUGGUAUUAAUACAAAAGUAGCUCCCCUUUUGGAAUGACUUGGUACUUCUGGUUUGCUCAUCAGGCAGCUGAAAUGCAAGUAGCUGGUGUUUCUCAAAUUGCCUUGGCAGGAUCCAUUAUGGCCUCUGCUCCACAAUAAAAGGAGAACCUUUUUUGGGCUAAAAUGUGGUAGGAUGCUAACUGGUUUGUGUGAAGAUUCACUAAGUUCUAAGGAAACAUAAAUGGCUGAGGCAAUAUGGUACAUCAGAUCCUGAAAGAUGCUGGACCACUCAUCUGCUGGAGAUGACCACUUUCUGGUGGAGACGGAAAAAUGGCUUUAUUUGGGAAGAAGGAUGAAAAAGGGUGGGACCCCUAUGGGUCACCGUGUCUUGAACCAGAAUCUGAAGAACAGCCACGUAGUUGUUUCAGAGGGAUCUGGCAUGUCAAAGCCUAUGAAUAAGACACUGAAUAGCUCAUCCUAUCCCCAAACUCGGGAGUAGGCUGAAAACUCAAAGACCAGGAAGGACAUAUUGGAACAUGAAGCUUCAGCGUCAAAGAUAUUUCUGGAGAUAGAGCUGGACAUAAUGGUGGACCUAUGAAAAAGAAACUUUAUUAGGGUCAUCCCAAGCCAAUAGUUUAAAAGGCAAUAUAAAAAUAUUUGGUGCUACACUGGACAUAGAUGCCACCCCACCAAGCCUUCUACUGUGAAGAGAGUGACACUUGGAAAGCAAGACAGUAUCAAUGUAGGAAGUACCUUUGCACUUUGCCCAUGUGAAACUGGUAUACUGAAAAAAGUCAGAAUUCAGAAUGCUCUCUAACAUAGGACACUGAGGAAGUUAGGAAGUGGGAGACGGUCCGUAAGUACAGAGUAGUUAGACAAAGGGUCUGCAAAGCCUUGCCUGCUGCUCCACAAUAAAUGUGUUGUUUAGUUCUU